AUGAGCCGUCUCCUCGAGAAGCCUAGCAUUGCGAUGUCUCUCAAGUCGUCGUCGUCGUCGUCGCCAUCGUCAGGUAGUCAAUUGUCCUCAAGUGCAGCAGUUGUUGGCAAUGCCACCAGCUUGGGUGCCAGUGCUAGUGAAACUGCUGCGUCGCAGAGCCAAACAGAACUGAGCGCAGAUCACCGAGCUGUGGUGACUAGUUUGGGUAAAAAUCAGAAUGGCCACACUAUUUUCGAUGAAGUUUUUAUAAGCUUGAUUUCGGGUUCAGCUGCUGGAGCUUUAGCGAAAACCACUAUUGCGCCCCUGGAUCGAACGAAAAUAAAUUUCCAAAUCAGUAAAAAUGUUCCAUACUCAUUCAAAGCAGCUCUUAAUUUUCUAAGAAAUACCUACGAAAAGGAAGGUAUCCUGGCGUUAUGGCGCGGCAAUUCGGCGACCAUGGCACGCAUUGUACCUUAUGCAGCCAUACAAUUCACAGCGCACGAGCAAUGGCGUAAAAUACUGCAAGUGGAUAAGGAUGGUUCCGACACAAAAGGCAGACGUUUUAUAGCGGGUUCAUUGGCUGGCAUAACUUCUCAAUCUCUGACAUAUCCACUGGAUUUGGCACGAGCGCGAAUGGCUGUUACCGACAAAUAUACUGGUUAUAAAACGCUACGGCAAGUGUUUGUUAAAAUUUGGGUGGAGGAAGGACCACGCACGCUGUAUCGAGGUUAUUUUGCUACCGUAUUGGGCGUGAUACCAUAUGCGGGUGUUUCCUUCUUUACAUAUGGCACCCUCAAACGUGAAUAUUAUGAGGUAACAGGAAACGCGAAACCAAAUACUCUAGUCACACUUGCAUUUGGUGCUGUUGCUGGUGCAGCAGGUCAAACUUCUAGCUAUCCGCUUGACAUUGUGCGUCGGCGCAUGCAAACAAUGGGUGUCAAUAAAGGCGCUAACAAUCAAUAUCGCACCAUAUACUCAACCUUGAAGAAAAUUUAUAAGGAAGAAGGUAUCAAAAAUGGAUUCUACAAAGGACUUAGCAUGAACUGGAUUAAAGGUCCUAUAGCUGUUGGUAUCAGCUUCUCUGCCUACGAUUUAAUUAAAGAGCUGCUCAGAGAGUUAUUCCAUUUGAAGCGUGGGCGAUACGAUGCAUAAAUUAUUCGUUUCUUUUAUAUUUUAUUUAGAUUAUUCUAUAUUAUAUUAUAUAUAUUUUAUGUUAAUUUUUUUUUUAUUGGAAAAUAUGCUAAACGGCGGUAUACUGAAUGACAAGAAUUCAUGACCAAAAAUUAAAAAUUAAUUAUGCACUGUAUACAUUAAUGUUAACAAUGCGAAACGUUCAAUUAAUAUAUGUACACUUAUACAUACAUAAAUUCAAAAUACUGAAUAUUUUGGUAUGCAAGAAUUUCUGCGUUCUAGUAGCAGUUUUAGAGCAAUUUGCCAUUUACACGUCCUUUAGAUAAUAUUAAACCGUAUCCGAUUUAGAUUCGAAUUUGUUGAGAGCCAAGUUUUGUUCCUUUUAAAUGUGUUAUUAUGUAUAUAAAAUGUAAUUGUAAUAUUAAAUACGAUUAUUAUUUAAUUAAUUACUAUGAUAAGCACAAUGCGACAAUAAAUCUUAACUGAUUUUUUUUUUGGUAUGUCAUAUAAUAUAUACAUAAUUAAAAAGCAAAUACAUACUUACAUAUGUGUUUAAGACUACUGGUUGCAUACGUAUGCACUUGUUUGUGUGCAAAUAGUUGCUAAGUAAGUAUAAGGAGUUCGGUUCUAACUUUUCGAGAAAGUCUGUAUUGUGUAAUAUUUGAGUUAAUAAAUAUAUACAUACAUACAUAUAUACUAAAUGAUAUCUUUAUCUACGUUGUACAAGAAAACAUUUAAAUAUGCUUUUACUCCCACACAUACGAUUACUUACAUACUAAAGGAUUGAUGAUUAUUGGAAUUUUCAUGGACUAUUUGCGAACAUUACUUUUGUAAAAUAUACAAAGUUUAAUAAAUAAAAAUAAAUGACCGAAAUUUUUGAA